CUUACCGUUGUGUAUUCAUUUGCAGUGCACAUCAGAACGUUGAGAAACUCUGUAGCUCAAUUAGCUCUUAAUUUUGGUCAGUGGAAAGCGAGUAACUUUUUUUUGAAUGGUACUUCCGACUUCAGUGAGUAAAAUGUCUAAUGUCGUCGGUAAUGAGGACUUCGAGUCGCCCGGGGAAAUAUCGUGGCAUCACAGUUUGAAGCGGAUGCUGAAGAGUCAAACGAUCGAAGCCGAAGACAUUAAUGAUGAGGAGACGCUGACACAAGAGGAUUUGGCGCCUGAGGGAGGCUGGGGGUGGAUGGUUGCCUUGGGAUUGACAAUCAUAUUUACCGUGAUAUUCAGCGCUGUACCAUGCGUUCCCAUCCUGUUUGGAGAACUGCUGGAGGCCAGUGGUUCCCCUGGAUCUUCCAUGACAAUUCUCAACACGAUAUGGACACUCAGCUGGUCGAUAUCAGGGCUCUGUACAAACGUACUAUUGAAAAAAUUUCCAAUGAGAUUGAUUGGCGUCUCCGGUGCUCUGGUGUACUCCGCUUCUUGGAUGAUGAGUGCCGUAGUGAUGAAUGUUUAUCAGCUGGGAAUUACCUUCUUUGUUCAAGGUGUUGGCUUAGGCAUUAUGGCCACAAUUUGCCAGUCUAAUUUUAACGCUUAUUUCGUGAAGAGACGAGCCACAGUGACGAGUGCCACUCAAAUCAUUAUGAGUUUAUUUGGCGUACUCUAUCCUAUUAUGAUAGGGGAAAUGAUGAAGGCUUUUGGAUACCGAGGUACAGUAGCUUUGAUUGGAGCUUUGAGUCUCAAUAGUAUUUUCGGAAUGCUGCUCAUGCAUCCUGUUGAACAGUACCUGAAGAAUCCCAAAGACGUUAUCGCCGCGAGGCGAGCGAAAAACCACAGGAAAUUAUCCCAAGCGAAAAUGAAAAUCGGUGAUUCUUCUCAAGAUAUUCGGAUAAAAACUCCUAUAAAUAACGAAACAAAAUUGAACAUGGAACCAAGUAGAUGGAGCAGUCUUGGAAAUUUAGAAGAAGGCUCCCAUCUAGCUUUGCUCUCAGAAACUCUCAAAGAGAAAGUUGCAUCGAGUUCUGACGUUGCGUUGAUAAGAGACCCGAGGUCGAGAGUCAACUCAAUUUCAAGAACCCCUGUACGUGGACCGUCAGUUCUUUCGUCCCCCAGUUCGAGUAUAGCAAAUCUCGGAGCUGCAGUUGCCGAGAUGCAAUUACGUAAAAAAACUCCUCCAAAAAAUGCGGCGGAUAUUCAACCUGAUAAGAGCAUGAUGAUGCUGAAGGAGAAGAAGAAUUUUAUUGCGGGGACAAGUGAAAUAGUCAAAACCACAGAAGACCAAGGGGCCAUAGAAAUGAUCAUGGAGUUGUUUGACUUAUCGAUCCUCAAGGAUUGUACCUUCAUAACCAUGUGCUUGGGGGUGAGUUUUGCAAUCACCAGUGACGUAAUAUUCGUUACAUUGUUGCCAUUAGCAAUGUUUAAUAGCGGAUAUUCAACCGUGAAUGCGGCGUAUGCUGUUGCGAUAUCCUGCGCUGCAGAAUUCUUCUGCAAAAUUGCCUUGACAAUAAUGACAAUGUUCAUUGACGUCCGGGCGAAAACAUUAGUAUUUUUGGCUAUGAUUGCUAUGGCAGUGGUUAAAAUCGCGUAUUUCAAUCUAGAAUCAAGUUUAAUGGGCAUCAUGGUGUCUAUGGUUCUAGUUGGAACCGUAAGGGUCUGUUUAUUCGUUCCUCAAUCUCUGGUAAUUGUCGAAAAUUAUCCUGUUCACAAGCAUGCCGCUUGCUACGGAAUAUAUUCCAUGAUCAGUGGACUGACAUUCAUUAUAGCCAAUCCCAUCUUUGGUCUCAUCAAGGAUUUGACUGGCAGUUUUUCCGUAUGCCAGCUGGCUCUAAUCGCUCUGAACUGUGCAUUUAUACUCCCAUGGGGAAUAGAACUAGCAGCAUACUAUCGGAACAGAAGAAAACAAGAAGUAGCGAAUCCCGCUAACUAAUUUUAAACAUUUAUUAUUU